AUGCUGAAUGAACUAAACGAAGUAGGGAAGAAGAUUGGAUUGCGAAUAAUCGGAAGAAGACUCAGUUCAUGGAGAAGGCCCUUUGCGAAGAUGCGGAAAUGGAACUGGAAGGCACUCCGAUUACGGAAACGCAUUCCUACGUGUACCUGGACGUUUGAUGAAGAUGGAGAACGACUUGUAGGAACAGAAGAACAAGACAGAAGAAGAACAGAAGAACAGACAGAAGAAGAGGGACAGCCAGGGCCGCCUUCGGGCCUCUGA